AUGUUAUCAGCAAAGUGGGUGUUAAAUCAGAUUCUUCUGGAUGCAAAAAAGGAGAUUUCCAUGCUCAAGCAGGAGAUCGAAAUUCUUCAGAAAGGUCUCAGGUAUAUGGUUGGAGGGGGUUGUGAAUAUAUGUCACUGGAUGAAUUGCUUGUACUUGAAAAGCAUUUAGAGAUUUGGAUCAACCAAAUUCGAUCAACCAAGGUAGACAUUAUGAUUCAAGAAAUUCAAAUGUUAAGGGACAAGAUUGAGGAGAACAUCAGCAACACUGACUUUACUACAAUGACCACUGAUAUGCUGCUGCACCCACUAACCAUAGCAAAUAACAUAUUUUAA